AUGCCGCCGCGCGUCGAUGCGUCGACGCCAUGCCCAUCCGCGACACAUCCGGCGCCACGCCCAUCCGACGACGACGCGCCCGCCGAUGCCGUGUGCCGAGUGUGUCUCUGCGACGUCGAGGAGUUGCCAGAGUCAAGGCUGGUGAAACUCGAGUGCGCGUGCGUCGGCGUCUACGUCCACGAAACGUGCGCGGAGAAGUGGUUGCGAACGAAGGGAUCGAACGUGUGCGAAGUGUGCAGGGAGUCGACGCAGUUUGACGUGCCGGAGAGCUUCGUGGGACGACUUCUCAGGAGAGCCGGCGUCGCGUCGGAACGAGAUCGAGGCGACGACGCGCGCGAAUACGGACCCGCGGUCGGGGACGUGAUUUGGAUCUUCUUGACCACGUUUUGCUCGGUGUGGGUGUGCUUGCGGUUGUUGCUCGGUAUUCCCAUCGGACCAGCGCUGGCGAUGUCGUAUUGCUUCGGUUUGGGAAUUCUCAUGGGCGUCGGGUUCUUCAUCAUUCCUUUGCGAAGGGCGAGCGUGCCGAGAAGCGACAGUCGUGCAUUUCUUUGGCUCUACGCGCUGAGCAUGUUCAUAACGCAUCAAAUUGCCUUCGGUUUAGCGCUGCGGCCGAUUCCGACGCAAGAGCGACGAAUCAAGCACGCAUUCUCGUUGACGUUCGCGAUUUCGAUUGCGGCGUUUUCGUAUCCUCAAAUCGUCAUGCUCGGCGGUUGCCUCUGGCGAGCGCUCGCUCGCGGCGACGCGGCGCACUAG